UCUGAUUACUACGAUCGAUAUUUCGAUAUUUACAAUAUUUGAAGUAGAAGACGAAAUGUUUAGAUCUCUGUGUCGAACUCCGGUGAUCCGUUCCAGAAUCAGAUAUCUUCUCUGUGUUCCUGCAAAUAAAAGCUGCUUCUUUUCUUCUUCGGUAAUCCCAGCUCUUCCAAGCAGGACUAUUGCUCGUUUCAGUGUUUCAAAAGUUAUUCCAGGUAAGGAGGUUAGAGGUGUAAGUUCUUUCAACGUUAGAUCUAUGACAACUACUUCAGUAAGUUCGAAAUCAAUAAUCCCGGAGCAAGUGGUAAUAACUGAAAACGGAGAGCAAAAGGUUGAAUUACUUACUGCUUCCGACGAUGAGCAUGAAGGUGUGAUUGUAAACGUGAAGGAUCCUAUGGAUCCUGUCGUCUUUGUUUCUUCUCUUAGAGCUUCAAUGGCACACUGGAGGCAGCAGGGAAAGAAGGGUGUUUGGAUUAAAUUGCCUAUUGAACAAGCCAAUCUUGUUGAAGUUGCUGUGAAGGAGGGGUUUUUAUACCACCAUGCUGAGCCAAAAUACUUGAUGCUUACUUAUUGGAUCCCUGAAACUACUAAUAUUCUCCCUGUGAAUGCUUCACACCGAGUGGGUAUUGGUGCUUUUGUGAUGAAUGAUAAACGUGAGGUGCUAGUAGUCCAGGAAAAGAAUGGCAAAUUGAGGGGUAAAGGUAUUUGGAAGUUUCCUACUGGAUCUGUUGAAGAGGGGGAGGAUAUUUGUAAAGGGGCAAUAAGGGAAGUCAAAGAAGAGACUGGAAUUGACACAGAGUUUGUUGAAAUUUUAGCAUUCAGGCAAAGGCAUAAGUCAUUUUUUGAGAAGUCAGACUUGCACUUCUUGUGCAUGUUGCAUCCUCUCUCGUUUGAGAUUCAGAAGCAAGAAUCAGAAAUUGAAGCAGCCCAGUGGAUGCCAAUUGAAGAAUAUGCUGCCCAACCCUUUGUCCUAAAACACGAGGUUUUCAAGUACUUCACUGACAUAUGCCUAGCAAAGAAAGAUAAUGACUAUGCCGGGUUUUCUGCAGUAUCUACGAGAUCGAGUUGUUCUGAUAAACCACGCUACUUGUAUCUAAACACGCAUGAUCUGAAGCUGCCUCCAAGUUGAUCUGAUCUGGUGACCAUCAGUAAAAAAGUGUAGGCUUCAUUUCUGAAUUGCAAUUUCAUUCUCUAUGCAUUUUUCUAUUAUUAUUGGAAUCAUAAGCAUCCUAUGAUCUUCCUUUCCAAGAACUGGGAUGGUGAAUCGUUUUUCUUUUUUUGUUUUUGUCGCGUUUUUUGUACAUCUUACUCAUUGGUGGUAGGGGUUGGCAGCUGAGUGCUAGUUGGUGUUGUCAACAUUUUCGAACAAUACUCUCUUGUGUUCUUUACUG